AUGGCUGACGAGAAACCUAUUGCUGCUGCUGAUUCCGCUGUUGCUAAGGAUGUUAAAAAAGAUGUUCCAGAAAUCAAAAGUGAUGCUAAACCAAUAGAAAAUGUGAAACCUAAAUCUAAAGGUUAUAGUAAUCCAGCGCUUAAGGCAAUGGGUAUUCCAAAUCUAAGGUUACCUUCAAGAAACUGGAUGAUAUUUUGGUGCGUUACUUCAGGGUUGAUUGGUGGUGUUUUAUAUGAUAAAUAUCAACAAAAGCAAAUAAGAAAGAAAUGGAUGGAUAGAGUUUCAGAAUUUGGGGCAAAACCUUUAGCACCAAAUGAAUUAUCAAGAAAAGUCACCAUUUAUGUUGCUCCACCUCCAAACGAUUUCCUUGAUGAAAGUAUGAGUGUUUUCAGAAAAUAUGUUAAGCCAAUUUUAAACGCUGGUGGUGUUGAUUAUGAAAUCAAAUCUGAAAACAGACAAGGUGUUAUUAGAAGUUUAGUAGCUGCUGAAAUUAGAGAUUUACGUCGUCAAAUAUUGGAAAAUGAAAAAGAACAAGCUCAAUUGAAAGAGAGUCAAAAAUGGUACAAUAGAGUUAAAAAUUGGUUGAGUAAAAAUAAAGAGUCCAAAGAAGAACAAGAAAAAGCAUUACAGAAUAAGAAAUUUACAGACGAUUUGAAAAUGAAGAAUGUUUUAGGUGUUUAUUAUAACAAUAUUCAUAAGGAUGACGCCACUAUAAGUGAAGAUAGCUUGAUAUCUGAUCCUUCAGAAAAUGGUGGUAUUAUUUGCAUUGGUAGAGGUGCUUAUAAAGAAUACAUCACUGGUUUGCAUGAAGGUUUAUUGGGACCUUUAGAUAAACCUAUUGAACAUAAGGAACUGGAAGAGUUUAAUGAAAAGCAACAGGAAUUGAAACCAGCACCUGAAAAGGAUGGAGAGAAUGAAGGAGAAUCACAAAUUCCAAUUCCAAAACCAUUUAUUGAACCAACUGAAUAUCCUAAUGCCAAACUUGCCCCAGAGUUCAAUUUCACUCAAGGUAAAGUACUAACAGCUGAUAAAGUAUCACCAUUCUUCCAACAAUCAAUUCUUGCUAUUCCAUCAUUUCAUUUGAAUGGGUUUUUGGUUAUUCCUCAAAGAAUUUUCAGAUUCUAUACUAGAAGAUUUUUAACUGAAGAAUAUGGACGUAAAACAGUUGCAUUAGUUGAAAAUUUGACAAGACCAUUUGAAUCCAAAGAUGUUAAUUUAGCUAAAGAUGAAGAAGAUGAAUGGCCAAAGAAAUGGGUUCAAAAUGGGUUGGAGAAAAACAGUGAAUGGACACGGGAAUUUAUAACUGAUGAUCGUGUUUUGGAAAAAUUGCAUGUUUUUGAUGAUGAGAAAUUAAAUUGA